AUUGUGACAACAAACCCAGUUUAACAGGAGCUGCGGAACCAGAACCCGAAGGCGAGGAGGACAGAAACAUUAACAAACUGAAAAAAAGGAGAACGAAACAGGAGAGAGCGGAAGUGACGGAACAGCAGUAGAAGCAUGAGGCUGGUCAUUCUGGACGACUAUGCCCAGUCCAGUGAAUGGGCAGCAAAGUACAUCUGCAACAGAAUCAUCCAGUUCAACCCGUCUGAGGACAGAUACUUUACCCUGGGACUGCCCACAGGCAGUACCCCGUACGGCUGUUACCAGAAGUUAAUCCAGUACCAUAGAAGUGGAGAUCUGUCAUUCAAGUACGUGAAGACCUUCAACAUGGACGAGUAUGUGGGUCUUCCUCGCAGUCACCCCCAGAGCUACCACUCCUACAUGUGGAACAACUUCUUCAAACACAUCGACAUCAAUCCGGCCAACGCUCACAUCCUGGACGGAAACGCAGACGACCUGGAGGAGGAGUGUCAGAAGUACGAAGAGAAGAUCCAGGAGGCAGGAGGAAUCCAGCUGUUUGUAGGAGGUAUCGGACCUGACGGACACAUUGCCUUUAAUGAGCCUGGUUCCAGUCUGGUUUCCAGGACCAGGGUUAAAACUCUGGCUAAAGACACCAUCAUGGCCAACGCCCGCUUCUUUGACAACGACCUGUCCAAGGUUCCAACCAUGGCCCUGACUGUGGGGGUGGGCACCGUCAUGGACGCCAAGGAGGUUCUGAUCCUGAUCACCGGGGCCCACAAAGCCUUGGCUCUGUCCAGGGCCAUAGAGGAGGGGGUCAACCACAUGUGGACGGUGUCAGCGUUCCAACAGCAUCCAACAACCACCUUCGUGUGUGACGAAGACGCCACGCUGGAACUGAGGGUCAAAACUGUCAAGUACUUCAAAGGUCUGAUGCAUGUCCAUAACAAACUGGUGGACCCGGUUCUGAGCAUGAAGGACCAGGACAAGUAGAAGACCAGAACCCAUGAGGACUCAUCUGGUCCCAGCUGGUCCAGUUUUCCUUUAGUUCUUCUUCCUGGUCUGUUACUGAACACCACUGUUACUGUUGGGGUCAUUCUGUCACUUCUUUAUUUGGACAUUAAAUGAUCAUUUCUGUGCUCUGUAUCCAUGGUUACCUCUUCCUGUUUCCUUGUAUUAAAUGUGUGUGUGUA